ACAAACUUGAGCAACUCCCCCUUCUCCUUUUGUCGUCCCAGGAGUCCAAGACCCAAGCACAGACCUAUCCACCCAAGCCAAGUCGAUUCCUGCACCAAGAAAGAAGAAUAAGCGAGGAAGAGGAAAAAGAACAAGCCACUGUCUCGACAUAGCUAUCGCAGUCGUAGACAAAUUCUAGGUUUUUCUUAUUUUUUUUCUUGUUAAAUGGCCGCCUACACGCUCCCGUUUCUCCCAAUUGCAGCCUCAACUUCUCAUUCUGGCCAUGCAAAGCGCCGAGAGUCUUUUUUUUCGCUACGGUUAAGCUCUAUGUACGGAACCAAGCUUCUGAUUCGGGUACCGAACCGGGUCCAAUUUGUUCCCAAAUAUCGUUGCUCGACGACGGCUACCACUACGGUGUCGUUCAGCCUUCCAAUUUCGAAAGAAGUGGGGGCUUCUUCCGAUAAAUUGCCAAGAUGGUCAGCGAGGGCUAUAAAAUCAUUUGCUAUGGCGGAAUUGGAGGCAAGAAAGCUUAAGUAUCCGAAUACGGGGACUGAAGCACUUCUAAUGGGCAUUUUAGUUGAAGGAACAAGUCCAGCUGCUAAAUUUUUGAGGGCUAAUGGAGUCACUCUUUUCAAGGUGCGAGAGGAGACAGUAAACCUACUAGGAAAAUCUGACAUGUAUUAUUUCAGCCCUGAGCAUCCUCCACUUACUGACCAAGCUCAGAGGGUCCUUGACCUGGCUGUCAAUGAGAAACUGAAGUCAGGUGAAAGUGGGGAAAUAACACCAACAAAUAUACUUCUUGGGAUUUGUUCAGAAAAAGAAUCGGCAGGUCACAAGAUCUUGGUUGCUUUAGGUUUCAAUGAAGAAAAAGCUAAUGAACUUGCGAAAUCUAUGAAAGAGGCAAAUUCUGAUGUUUAACUAGAGAUUUCGGUAGUUUAUCUGCUAUGUGACUUGUCGAUUUGGACCACCAUCAGUAUGGAUUUCGGAAGAUAAUGCUUCCCCCUUCUUGCUAGACCAGGUUACUUGUUAGCGAAGUAGCUAAAAAAUAUGGGUUCACUGGUUUGGACAGUUGGCAAGCAAAUGCAUCUUUGAAUCAAUUGGAAAACACUCAGAUCUGCAUACUUCCUCGAGUUCAGCAUUUCACGAGCGAUGACUAUUGAAUUUCAAGGUGGUAAAUUAUUGACUUCUUGCUCUUUUGGGAGAGAGAGAAAUCAAUAUCAUUAUAUGAUUUGCUUUUAUAGCACCAUAUUGUUUGUGGGAUGCGUGAUGAUUCACAUAGAAACGAACCCUUUCCUCAGUUUUAUUCUAGUACCAGUAUCUUUCUUGGAGUUCAUUGGAAAA